AUGGGCAACCACCACUCGCGGCGGGUGGGAGCGUCAUACUACGCAGCAGAUGGCUGGAAUAGUGGACCAGUUACAUGGGGUGCUUCACCUGCACACGCGUAUGCGGAUGCCAUUUCUACCCCAAGUCGUGGUGGUACCCGUCCGCCGUCAAGAUAUUCCAGUUCAUGCGCAACGCCUCCGAUUAUGAAAAGUCGCGAUUGGGACGAGGGAUGCCAGAACCUCCGGCGCAGUCUUGGGUCCGCUCACAAAUUGUGCAAAUACAUGCCAGAGCACAUCGAAGCAUGGUGUCGGUUGAUAGGCAAGGAGUCAGCACACUCGGGUCCCGACGCAGGGUUGGCAGCAUACAUCAAGAACUUGGACACCUCGAUGAAAGAGCUCUAUCACCUUCUCACUCUGGAUCCUCGCUUACUGCGCCGACAUUGCCCCGUCGAUGUGUUUGAAUUUUCCGAGGUGGUUGGAGGUCUCGCGAUCGACCUACACAAGUGGUGUGAGGACUUCAGGGUCUUGACGGCAGCCAAAAAGAAUGAGGACAAAGCACGACAGCGUCGACGUGGGCUUCGAGCCCAAGCAAAGAGUCUGAGGUCAAGAUGCUGGAAGGUUGGGGGUGUAGUUGACUCGCUGUGCUCAUUAGGGGAAGAGUCAACGCUGGGCAUGGGACAUGUGACCCGAGCAUCUCGAAGGACAAUGUCACCAGUGGCCGAGUCCUUGAGCGUGGUGGUUUCGCGGCGUUUGUCACCGGUCACAAACAAACAAGACAGUAUGAACAACAGCUCAACAAGUCAGGCGCGAAGCCCUGGGGGACAAAUUGAGAUACCACAAAGAUCAGACAGUGUGUCUCCACAGCCACAAGGUCGAGGCCAGUGGGGAUUAAAAGCAGGGUCUGCGAGUAAGUCAAAUCAACAGCUCGUGCACGGGAGCGGACAAUCGCCGGCCGAGGACCACGCAGAGGUCAUGCAUAAAAGCCGGCCUGACUGA